AUGGCAGAUAUCUGUGUCUGUAACCGUGACGACGCUGCCGCCAAGGAGGCAGAGUGUCCUGAGCCCCGUGUGCAUGGCGAGGGGGGGGGCGUGCUGGCCCGCCUGGCGUUCCCCCCCCACCCCCCCGUGGCGUCGUGCCAGCGGGUGAACCUGGACAUCACCACCCUGAUCACGCUGGUGUCGGCGCUGAGCCACGGCCGCUGCCGCCUGGCGUUCCGGGAGCCGGUGCUGACGGAGCAGGCGGCGGAGGAGCGCCGGGCGCCGGUGCUGCCGCCGCUGCACGCCUUUAUGGCGGGGAAGGAGCUGUUCGCCUGUCGCGCCGCCGUGGACGACUUCCAGCUGAUCCUGCAGACGCUGGGGGGGCCGGGUGAGCGCCAGCGUGCCGCGGCGCUGCUGCAGCGCGUCACCGUGGUGGAGGACCGGCCCUCGCCGCGCACGCUGCGCCUGGCGCCCAGCGCCAAGGUGACGCCGCGCUCGCUCAGCAUCUUCGGCACCGGGGACUCGCUACGGGCCGUUACCAUGACGGCCAACAGCCGCUUCAUCCGCGCCGCGGCCAAUCAGGGCGUCCGCUACAGUGUGUUCACCCACCCCCCCCGCGCACUCACCGAGGGGAAGGAGUGGAGGGCCACGCCCGUCUGACCGCCGGGGAUCAUGGGAGUUAGAGGCUGAUGCGGCCAGGGCUGAUGGGAGUUUGAGUCUCCAAGCACUGGGCAGAAUCAGGCACAACAAACCU